AUGGCUUCAAACGGUGAAGUUGAACGGCAAGUAGUUGGUCGAUUUGGAGAUAUUGGAUCAUUGUAUGAUAUUCGAACAGACAAACUGAAAGGCACCAACUUAUUUAAUCGAAAAUUACCAGAAGAAUUCGUCAACGUUAGCGAUUGUGCGGGGUGUGGGUGUGGGUGUGGGUGUGGGUGUGGGUGUGGGCGUGGGUG